AGGACCUCACGACCAUGUUUCAGCAAUACCCUUACCCGCCAAGAUAUUUCUUCGUAGUUUCUUUGUCUAGUUCUAGUAGUCUACAAUAUGUGCUGCAUUUGUUGUACAACCCAUGAUACCCUUCCCGGCAAGCAUGUAUUUCCUUUUUGUUUUCACUUCACUAGAUUUGUAUGGUGCCUUUACUUAGCAUGAUCUAACUCCACGACCUUUAGUCCAAUCCCAACGUCAACGUCGCUUGAUAAUCUAUCACGACCAUCAUGUCCAAAUCCGCCCCACCCCCGUACCUGCCCUCCUUAUGACAGUGCACAAGUUCCCCUUCCCCUCAUUUGUCAUGCAAAACACCCAAUCCACCCUUUGUUUCGUGGCACUGUUUGCAUGACAAGUUCUGGUAGCCCCAAUAGCACUAUACUCCAGUGCAAAUUUGUCGUGCAAAACCGGCAUUCUUGCUGAUGCUUGUAUUGCCGUUCAGGCUAUACAAAUGAGGGGGAGGGGGAGUUGUGCACCGUUAUACUCCUACCUGACCGGCGUGAAGAACAUCGCCGAGUAUGGGGGGAUAUCAAAUGCAAAUAUGUCUGGGUCUGCGAGAUUGCAAGAUUUGUCAUGCAUAUGUUGCGUGAUCCAUGAUGCCUGUGAUGCAUGGUCUAGCAUCACUCACAGAUAGAGCGCUUCCUCAUUCCUCUUCCGCAUGACAAACGCCUUCUCCGCGGAGCACAAAGCCUACUCCUCAUGCUGGUCAUGCAAUGCAGAUCUUUUUGGAAUCCAAAGACAGCAUCACAAGUUGCAACCUUCCAGACCCAGACGUAUUUGCAACGCAUAGGGGACCGGGUGGGAGCAGGGCUCCAUCGAUUUCGAUACGCUGAAGGACAAAGCGAUCCCCUCCGACAAAAAAUUUCUCAAAUUGUUCGGGAUGAAGCUGGACUGGACGGCUUUCCCGAAGGUUUACGUCGCGGUAUGCAAUACAAAUUUCCCGUACAUGUACAACAUGCAUCACAAACUCCACCAAAUUGGAGCGUAAAACUUGUCAUGCUAGACUAGGAUCGAAGCCCAGUUUUGUCAUGCAGAGACCGCAUUUGUACGUGUACGGGAAAUUUACUGUGGAUACGCGGAGGCUCGAGACACCAACGACGACGGGCAGCCGUCACGAUAUCAAAUGCAAAAAUGUCUGGGUCUGGAAGAUUCUGAGAUUUGUCAUGCAGUUUUUCCAAGCUCCGCCAAGUCUCGAAUGCAGGGCUUAGCAUCACAGGUUCUGCAGCCCCUUGGUGAUGCCUAUUCUGCAUGAGAAAUGCCCCUUCGGCAUGGCUAGAAAUGGGGACCUUUUGCAAGUCAUGCACCACAGAUUUUUGUAUGAUCCGCACCACGCAUCACAAGUUCGCAUCCUUCCAGACCCAGACAUAUUUGCAUUUGAUACACGAACGGCCAAGGCCAAAGUGGUGGUCGGGGACAUGAUUCUCUCCAUCUGUGGGGAAAGGAUCACCCAGGUCGCCAGUUGGGAAGCCCCCUCAGAAGACUCGCCGAAUGACGCCGUGAUCGCGAAAAUUGGCCGACGGGUGAUGAAGAAGGAAAAGGUAAUCGCGAGUUUUUUCUUCCUCCGGGCGAAGUACGCGAAUUUCUACGUGCAGCUAAAAUCCGACGUGCCCGAGCUGGAUAUGAGCGUUUCCGGGAAGAAAAUCCUGGAUGUAAAACCCAACGGCUGGGCGGACAGAAGAGGGCUGCAAAAGGGGGACAGCAUUGUGCUUUUGAACGACAUUCUGGCAGAGAAGGAGCCGGAGAAAAUAGAAGAAUUGUGUAAGAAACCGAAAGCCAACCAGCAUUACUUGGUCAGACGCGCGAAGGAGUUCGACCAACUGACGUUUUCCCGGAUGACGGAUGUGAAGCGCGAUUUGCCGGAGAAAUGGAGAAGGAAAGUGGACGACUCGAAAUCACCAGCGUCCGACCACGCAAAAAUCCCGGACCAACCCGCUGGGGGUAGUAAUAAAUCACCUACUCCAUCUCCCGGUCGCAACGACCGCCCGUCCAGUGCGCGGAGCGGAGCCGAUCGUCCGUCCAGUGCCCGGGGCAAGCCGGAGGAAGGUGGAAGUGGUGCGCCCGGUGGAAACAAGGCAUCUGGCAGUGGUUCAGGCAGUUCUAGUAUCCCGUUCCAAAUUCCCUACCUCGCUUCCGCGAAGGAUGUCAAGGAAUUAGGGUUGACUGGUUGGGAGCAACGAUCCCUGGAUGCGCAAAUUUUGAACAGCUCGACGCUGAACUCACGGGAAAAGCUGCACCGGUUGUUUGGGUUUCAGCUCGACUGGACGGCGUUUCCUUUUGUGCGGGUGAUCAACGUGGACAGUUCCACGGAAAACCGGUCGACGGCCGCGGGCGUGCAGAUGAACGACAUUUUGGUGCAGAUUUACAAGGAUAGGAUCACCGCAGUGCAGCAGUGGGAGACGUUCUCGAAGGAAUCCCCCGACGACGCGAUCAUCAAGAAAAUCCAAGACACGAUGGCCAAGCGGCAAUCGGGAGAGCCCUCGGCCAGGUUUGUCUUCUUCCGGGAGAGGUACGAAAGACAGUACGCACAGUUGGAGUACAACACGUCGAAGCAACUAGGCUUGCAGCUUUCCGGUUCCUCCGGGAAUCUGGAAAUCAAGUCCGUCACGCAGGGCAGCUGGGGCUCGGAUUGCUUUCUCGGGGUAGGGGAUAGGAUUGUGGCGAUCAAAGACGUGUUAGUCACGGCCGAAAACGCGGACAAAUUGGGCCAGAAAAUCAUGAACAACGAGGUCAGCAAGCCGAUUUACUUUUUGGUCCGAAGAACCCCGAGCAUGCCGGAGAUGGUGCGGUCGUGCGCGAACUCCGUCGCGAGCAGGUUGUCGCGGAGAUUGCCGUCGAAAUGGGCGGCUAGUGUCGCGGGGUCGAAGAUGCGGCUAACGACGGUUGGGCAGACGGCGCAGAUGAUGCAACCGGGAAUGAUGAAUCUACAGGCUGUAUUCUGAGUAAAAACGUCCCCACCCCAGAGUUGUCAUGCAAAUCUGUAUGCCAGAAAAGUUUCUCAUGCGGAGCCCCAUCUGAGACAUGCUCUCUUCGUGUUUUGAAAUUUGUGAUGGUAGAAUCAGCAUGAUAUGCUAGAUCUGUGAUGCAGCUUCCGAACUAGCUAAACAGGAUUACACUACGAGGGUAGAGGACUUGUCAUGCGAAACAGCCAAAGCUGGUUGAUUUGUCUAGCAAAUUUCCCACCUUGAAUCUGGUGUGGGGACAUUUUUCCUCAGGAUAGGCUGGACAAGCACCGCAGCUGCCCUUGAGCGCGGACGCGCGAGCCGUGCCGGGUCUGGGGAAGCUGUCUAAUCAGGCCUACGGGUUUCUGGACAGCUACCAGAACAACCCGGCGAUCCAGCAGUCCAUUAUCGACAACAGGAUGGACCCGCACGACUUGUCCGCGCUGGAAAUUUUGGGGAAGUUGAACAGGGUGCUGUUCGACGAGCACUUCGCGAAAACGGACACGGUGUCCGCUUUCAAGCCGCUCGUCACCGCUUUAGAAGUGAUCCGGCGCCACGAGGCGCGCGACCAGGCGAAGGACCGGAACUUCCGGGGGCUGGACAAGUUGCUACGGGAAGCGAGGGAAAGUCUCUCCGUUUCUCUAGGCGCCCGCGGUGCCAUGGAGCAGUUGCAACGGACGCACCCGAGUUCGUUGCAACAGAAAGCGACGAUAUCGUUUGUAAAAACGUCCCCACGACCCCAUAGUCAAGUUGGGAAUCUAGCAACACAAAUCUCCAAGCUUUGGGAGCUGUGCAUGACAAGUUCUUCCCCUCUGCAGCGUAGUGCUGAUUAGCAAGAGAAGGCGCAUAAGAAAGCCACUUUCGCAUCCUGUUUGCAGCAUGACAGAUUCCAAAGCACGACGAUUGGAAAUUCCUCUCAUGGAGCUGCGCGAUACAAAUGUCCCUGUCAUUGCACAUUUGCAUGACAACUCUGGUGUGGGGACGUUUUUACUCAGGAUAGACGAGCCGGUCGAUCGAGAGACAGGCGGCGAUCACGAGCAUGGUGAAACAGGGCAUCGAGGACGCGAGCGCAAUUGUAGCGGCGAAAGAAACCGAUAAGUGGGACAAGUACAACUCGAAAUUAGACGCGGAAUUGGCGCGAAGGAGACAAUUAAGAACAACCGGGCAGACCGGGAACGUUGGGUUGAAUAGCGGGAUGUCUCCGAUGACGUCAUCAUCUCCCAGUGGAGGGCCGAAGAAGAUCGGCGGAGCCCCGAGUCCAAGAGGAGGAGGAAAGAGUGCUGUGGCCUACUACAACGACUUUGAUAUCCUGUCUGGGGCGGACAGUGCGAGCAGUGUGGUGCUAACUUCGAAAGAUAACAACACGAAGAUGAUUUUACCCGAAGAUGAAAAUUUUACCGCAGGAGGAGCCCCCGAACAAGUUCUUGUUCAAGUUGGUGAAAAUAAACCUCUCUCCCCCGCCGCCUCCGUCCUCUCUCCAAUAGCGUCCGCGAAAGCGUCCAAGCUGACGAACGACUUGAAUGAGACGAUUGAAAGAGGGAAGGUGGAAACCGGGAAACUGCUGGAGAAGAUCCAGAUUGCGCAGAAGGAUAAGGAGCUUCUGGAAGAAAAGCGGGCUGUCAGUCGGAAGUUGGAAGAGGAAAUUUUGAAGCAGAGAUUGGAACUCCAGGAGCUCAUGGUGACGACAAAUGUGCAAGAAAGCCGACAUCAUCUUCAUCUCUUGGCUGCACAUAAUCAGGAUGCUCUCGAUGAUGAUCUAGAAAAACCGCAUGACAUCAAAGUAGACAGGACCUUCGAAUCCCGGCAGGAUGAGAUUGACAGGGAGAUCCAGAAGGAGAUUGUUUUCAAGCGGGGUUUGGAAGAGGAGUUAGAGGAGCGGGAAAGAUUUCUCCGCGAACAGGAAGAGCUAGCGGAGGAGAGUUAUCAAGUGCAAAUAUGUCUGGGGCUGGAAAAAUGCAUGUUUGUCAUGCUUGUCUGGCAUGACUCUGAAAUCUCUCAUGCACAUGACCCAAGAGCUCCAAUAUUUUGUCAGGCAGAGACACAGUUUGUCGUGCAGAAUACGCAACACCUAGAAGCAGCUCAGAAACUUGCCAUGUUGAGCCAGGACUUGUGGCCUCCUCAUGAUACGCCACCCAGCAUCAGAAGUUUUUAGACCCAGAAAUAUUUGCACUUGAUAAGAGUUACCAGAACACGAAAUCUGUCAGCGAUCACGAUAAGGAGAAACUUUUGCUCCAACAGGAGAUCGAGGACCAGAAGCAAUUCUUCGAGGAGAAGUUGACGAAAGUUGAACAGAAGUUAAAACUCGAGCGGAAAAAAGCGGCCCAGGCGGAGAAGAUGAAAAAGAAAAUCGCGAUGAAAGUGGAAAAAGAGUUUGGACAUAAUGGGGAAAACAAGCGAAGAAGCAAGUAUGGUCGUGGCGGCAAGAACUCGUCAAAAGGCUCAGGAAAGGAGUCGUUGGCGAUGGUGAAAUUGCUGGAAAUGACGUACGACAAGCUGUAUAAAAGGAUGCAAAGCAAGUCUGGCGGCGCGGGUGCUGACAAUCUUCAAACCUCGAGCGCCGGUAUUAAAGAGAAGAAGUUGCUGGGUAGUAGCAGUAGCAAAAAGAGGUUGGUGUUGGGCGUGAACAAUAGUGGCGAUAAUCCAAACAAGUAUAACGAUAGACGCCGACGGGGUUUAGACCACUACGCCGAGGAUGAGCUAGACAGCGCACAGGUUCAGGUGGAAGUGAACCCGUUUCUUGAUGGGGGCAGAUAG